AAGCAAAAAGGCCCAGAAUAGUUAGAAAACCUCCAGUACUAGUAUAAUAUAAGAACCUCCGAGAAGAGUAAGACCUUAGAAAGCCUGACAGGACGCCAGACCAGCCACCUCUCUCCUCCCAAGGCGUGUAUUACAGACGAGUGUAGCAUGUUUCUGUCCCUGCUGGUGUUGUUGCUGCCAGGCUGGGCUCGUGGUCAGGCCGGCUGGUGCACGGGAACCGGGCACUUCUACAACCCCAACUCUCCACACGGGACUCUCACGCCGUGCUGCUUCCACCAGGGAUACUGGCACACCCCCGGCAGUCACGUGACGGCGCACCUGGACACCUGCGUGACGUACGUGACCACCUGUGCGUCCCACGGCCAGCUACAGACGGACGCCGCCGUCAGCCCCAGGUGCUGCGCGUACAACGACAGGUACUUCCCGCACGGUGACGUCACCUACAGCGAACCUAGCGGCUGUGAGGUGAGGUGCCAGGAGGGCACACAGGUCAUCCAAGGUGACUGGACGCUGUGCUCCAACCCGCCCCCAGCCGCACAGAAACAAGAUGGCUGCCUCCACCAAGGUCACCACCUCGCCACUAACGUUACCAUAGUAACCCACCAUGACAACUGCACCACUGCGGGUCUGAGGUGCGACCCGUCCGGCUUCAUGGUGACCUUCAACACCGUCAACCCGGCCUGCUGCAGCAAAGAUGGCGCCUACUUCCCGCCCGAAUCGCACGUGGAAUCGGAGGCUAGUUUCUGCGAGGCGCGCGGGCUGUACUGCCGCAAAACGGGCGUGCUGGAGCCGUUCGCGUACCAGAACCCGCGCUGCUGUCGUUAUAACGGCCGGCUGUACGUACCUGGUGACGUCAUCACGUCCAGUACCGUUAACUGCCUCACCACACAGACACUAUGCGACAACAGGGGCCAGGGGCAGGGGCUCGUCGUCAUGGCAACACAUGCCGAAGAGAACUGUUCAUGACUACACUUCCGGCAGAUUACGUGACCAGCUGCCAAUA